GUAUUACAUUUUUUCCAUUCUUCUAUAUUUCAAAAUAUCCAACUCUUCCUUCUUUCUCCGACGACGUCGACGCUUUUUUUUCUUUCUCGGCCGUCGGAUUUUCAAGAUUCAAUUUUGUCAAAAAAACAUAAAUUGGAUAUAUAUAAUUCCAGGAUUUCGUCCUAUUUUGUAUUUGAGCCGUUAGUUAGAGACAUUCAUACGUUAUAAAAUACUAAAACCAGUUUUGUGAAACUCAAAAAUUAGGCAUUUGCAACUAGAAAAGCAGAAGAGAUCAGACAGCAAUCUAAUUCUACAUUCAUAAACAUUCUUUAGCUACAAAUUUUUGCAAAAGAAGAAAAAGAAAAGAUGGGUUUCUGGACAUUAUUAGAGGUGGCAUCCAUGCCAAUACUGCAGGUUCUUAUAAUAAGUGUAUUAGGUGCUGUAAUGGCUACUGAUUAUCUCAAGUUACUUCCUGCUGAUGCCCGCAAGUCCCUUAACAAAAUAGUGUUCGUGACAUUUACACCUUCUCUAACGUUCGCAAGUUUGGCAGAGAGUGUCACCUUUCAAGAUAUCAUCUCAUGGUGGUUUAUGCCUGUAAAUGUUGGGCUAACUUUUCUAUUUGGAGGGAUUUUUGGAUGGAUAGCUGUGAAAAUAUUGAAACCAAAACCUCAUUUAGAAGGUCUCAUAAUUGCUACUUGCUCCUCAGGAAACUUGGGAAAUCUUCUAUUGAUUGUCAUUCCUGCAAUUUGCAAAGAAGAUGGUAGUCCAUUUGGUGAUCAUAGAGUUUGUGCUUCUGUUGGAUUAUCCUAUGCCUCUUUUUCCAUGGCACUUGGUGGUUUCUACAUAUGGACAUACACUUAUCAGCUAAUACGAAGUUCGUCCUUGAAAUUUAAAGCACUAAAAGCAGCAGAGGAAGAAGCAUUUAAGGAACCAAACAAGGAUUUAGAUACAAAUGAAAAGUCUUACCUUCUUGAUAAUAAUGCUCAAGAUCAUCUUCCUGUUAGUGUGACAAAAUCCACUGAAAAUCAAACACAGAAAGCAUGUAAAGAAGCAGAGAUGGAGCCAAAGAAAGUAUGGACAUGGAGCAAAAUAGUAGGGGUGUUACACACUUUCUUGGAAGAGCUAACUGCACCUCCAACUCUUGGAGCUAUUGUAGGAUUUCUGUUUGGGUCUGUAACAUGGCUGAAAAACCUGGUGAUUGGGGAUGCUGCUCCCCUUAGAGUUAUUCAAGAUUCUGUCAAAUUACUUGGAGAUGGAACCAUUCCUUGCAUUACCCUUAUACUCGGAGGCAACCUCACCCAAGGAUUGAGAAAGGCACAAGUAAAACCAUUGAUCAUAAUAGCAGUACUGAGUGUAAGGUAUAUAUUGAGUCCAUUGAUAGGGAUUGGAAUUGUUAAAGCAGCAGCCAAUUUAGGAUUCCUACCAGCAGAUCCUCUUUACCAUUUUGUGCUAAUGCUUCAAUACACCGUCCCUCCGGCCAUGAAUAUCGGAACAAUGACACAAUUAUUUGAUGUAGCACAAGAAGAAUGUUCAGUACUAUUCAUGUGGACUUACUUAGUAGCAGCACUUGCACUCACCAUUUGGUCCACUGUAUUCAUGUGGCUUUUGUCAUGAUAUAGUCCUUUAUCAAGACGACAAUCAUCUUGGACUCCUGUAGACACAACAAAUAUUUUGUGCUUUUUGAAAGUA